AUAUUUUGGUUCUUCAGUUUGUCACGUUGAGUUGAUUUUUUAGCCAAAAUUUCGUACAUUUUUAGUAAAAAAUGAAUGGUUAAUGGACAGAUUUGUAGAAAAGUUAUACAGAAACGUAAAUAUGUCCCUUAUUCACAGAGUUUUAAACAGGAAUUGUAUAUAUUCGCCGCUAUUUAAAACAGUGAGAUGUUCGAAUGCUCUUCAAAAUUGUCCUCUACGGAUACGAUCAAGUGAUCUCUGUUACAAGAUUUCAUCACACCAGUGUAAUGUUAAAUUAUUACCUUUAUAUUCAUCAUCAUCAGUGUCACUAAGAACUCUUACAUCGCAGAAUGACAAUACCGACAAGACGAAGAAAGAUAAUCAGAAAGAGGUUAAGAAACCUGGUCUCAUACAGAGAUUCAAGCAAAUGUCUAGGGAUUACUGGUACGUUCUUCUUCCCGUGCACGGAGUGACAUGUCUACUUUGGUAUGGUGGCUUCUAUUACUUAGUGAGAAGUGGCGUGGAUGUAAUAGCCCUCCUGGAGUAUGUGGGAGUGACGGAGAAGCUGCUACAGCCACUCAGAGAGUCCAAGGCGGGGUACUUUGCUCUAGCGUUUGCUUGUUAUAAGAUUGCCUCUCCUCUUAGAUAUGCUGUUACUGUUGGUGUGACAACAUUAGCUUUGAGAAAGUUAAUAGCCCUAGGCUUAAUAAAACCAGUACCAUCCUCCCAACGUCUCAAAGAAAUGAUGCAAGAGAAGAAAGAUAAUCUACAAGAACGGUAUCAGGAGAGCAAGCAGACUUACAAGGAUCAGUUAAAGGAAUUUAAGGACAAAGUUAAAAAAAUGUGAUAGCAAGUGUGUACAAUAUAGUACUUUGGAAACUAGUCAUGUAAAUUGAAGAAAAUCGCCGCUCCACUCUGUGACGUAGAUUGUUAAGUGAUUCUAUUGUUACAAUUUAAACAUGUUAAUAUUUUGAAUGAUUUAUUGUUUAAAAAGUAUUUAAAUAAUAAAAGUAUUCCUUAACAAAAUCUGCUCUAUCUUAUAUGAUGUAGGUAUCAAAUAAUCACAUUUUAAAUCAAAAUUUACAAAUAUUAAUGAACUAAAUAUAACUGUUUUAAGUACAAACAAUACAGUACUUAACUGGAAUGCUUCAGUUUGUACAUUACAAACUCAUAGUGUACUUAUUUAUAUUAAAAUGUGUAAAUGCAUUUUAUAACAUGGGCCAUUUUAUCAUUUCACUUUAGAUGAAUGACAACAGUACAAACCUUUUAGGAGAAACAUUUUGGCAAUUCCUUACGUUUAGUGAGUAAUAAUUAUUUUCAAAACAUUGGAAAUUCAUGUAUUUACCACAUAUGUCAAGAUGUUCUUCCUUUAUAUACAUUCUAUGAAUAUAAUCAAAUCCCGGUACAAUUAUUAUUAAAUGCAAUACUUCUACAAUUAACAUACAAUAUAAUUAUAAAGCAGGUAUUUCAUAAUAUUUUAUCCAAUUCCUAUUAGUUUCUAAAUGUUAUGUAUGGCAGACAUAUUUUGAACCAUAUCCGUAAAUAUAAAGCCGUGUAUGCUUACAGCCGCAUUAGUCUUUAAAUUAUUACAUUAUGAUGAGCAUUUAGGUAAAAAUGUAUGUUACGAAAUUUCAAACACAUACAUAUUCUAUUCUGAAUAACGCUGAUUCAUAGAGAUAUUAACUAUUACAGUUACAAAUAAAUAAAUGCCAUGUCAUUUUGAUGUGAAGCUUCGAUAACAGUGAUUUAAAAAUACUAAAACUUGUUCUAUAAUGAUCACAAUGGAACAGGCAUCAAUCUGUUUGUUAUUAGGUUUUAGUUACCAGUUAUGAUAUUAUAACAAUCAUAGACUACUAUUUAUACAGAAAUGAUACCAUUUUCACACUAGUGUUUGGGGUUCUGGCAGUGACAGCUUAAUUUUUAGCGUGAGAUGCAUGAAUUCGUUGGAGUUGGUAUUCAAGAAAUAAAAUUUACUAUAAGUUACACUUUUUUAACAGAUAUACAUAAAAUUAUAACAUUACUUAUAAUUUAUGUCUAAAACAGUAUAUUUCUAAUAUCAAAUCUUAAAGAGUUUUAGCCUCCAUUUAACGAGUGCUAACUUGUCCUCUCUUCAAACAUCACAAUAACUAAUUUGUAUAACAUUACUUUUGUGAAACGUCGAGGGCUAAACCUCAUUGUCAUGGUAUAAAAUAAUCCAUUAUUAAAGCAAUUUUAGAGCCUUUAUUUUCAUAGUUAUGCAAUCAGAGCUACACACGUCAACAUAAUUAAAGAUUAAAUGUUAAUAAAGUUCUUCUAUUCCUAGGCAAAAUGCGCGUACCUUAUACAGGUGUAAUAAUUAUAAAUGUAUAGAUAACGGUUAAUAUAUCACUGCAUGUGGCCGCUGUAGCCAUAGUCCUAACUCCUUCCUUAUUGAUAUAAAUCUGCUCAAUACGUAAGCGUUUUCAGAGGGGUAACCCAAUACCACUUUUAGUCGCGCG